CGUGAUACCGGGCUGAACUUACAGCGCUCACUAGUUCUGAAAAACGAAAAAUAAACGAACCGAAUUCGCUACGGACGUGCUAAGUUGGUGUAAAUUUGUUGCCAAAUUAAUGUUUACAAAUAGAGUUUUCAACAAGUUACGGUGAUUUAGUUUGGUAGUCUUUUACAAGCCAGUGUUGAAUCUAAUCUGUGUUGAAAUUUGGUGGUUGUAACGUUGAAAAUAAUGGUUUCAUGUUUUUCAAAAGGAAGUUUAUAGUGUUGGAUUUUAUUUCAAAAGUUAAGAAUCAUGAUAUUGUCUUUUUCAUAAUAUUGUGUUGAAAUGGGAAGUUGAUAGUGAAUAAUUUAAUUUAAAUAAGUCUGUGUGGUAGUUGUGGAUUUGAAUAUUACGAUUUUAUGUUUUCCAAAAGUUCAUGCAGUUUGAUUAGUAAGUUGUCAGUGAUGUUCUUCAAAAUUCUUGAAGCCUGGUUGGAGAGGAAUAGUUAGUAAAAAUGUGAUAUCUUCAAGAAAUAUAGUGUCAAUCAAGGAAUAUCAAUAGUAUGGAUUAAAAGAGCUGAAUUUCCUCUAUCAACUGUACAAGCCUAGAAGAUGUACUUUGGACUAUAAGAGACGCCUGGCCCCCGCCUAGAAGUCUAUCUGCCGAUAGCGAAUCAAUGUGCAGUUCGAACUUGCCAGACAUGGGAAGCGGCAACUACCUACUGAAAGGAGGCCUAGUAUUGAGCAACGGCACUCCGGGACAACACUCGAACCUCCCGCACCGACGCUUCUCGGUGCCCGAAACUGUGAUGCGCAAGUUCACACUUUCCCGCGAACGCUCCUCGGAGUCCUGCGGUGACAGCGAGGUUGCCACCAUGCCGACACCAUCAGUGUCAUCCACAGGGUUGCCAACUGACCGCAGUGGGCCACUUCUGAAAGGUUCCGGCCCACACCCCAGCCGUCAGCGCAGAAAAAAACACGUCACAACCGUCAGCAAGGCUUGUCAGACAAGUCCGCCCCACUCCCACCUUGACGAGGUCCGGUCACAAAGUGUGGAUCCGCACUCCCACCUUGACAAAGUCCGGUCACAAAGUGUGGAUCCGCACUCCCACCUUGACGGAGUCCGGCCUCAAAGUGUGGAUCCGCACACCCACCUUGACGAAGUCCCGACAAAUGGAAUCAUAGACAACACGUUACCAAUUAGUACAAACAUAGAUUUAAAACAAUGGGAGCAAGUGAGUCACCACGACUCCAACGAAGAUAACUCUACCAAAGAGGUGGAAACUAGUCCUGAGUUUUUCCUGGAUACUGCUCGGGAGAGUAAAAUGAUCAGCGAGAUCACUUUGCCAGGUGAGGUUGUGUCGGAGGAUAGGAGACAGUCUUCCAUGGAUGUCAGUUGUCUUGAGGAUGGAAGCAAUAAGUUAGAUGACAAUAGUGAGGAAACGAGACUGUUGUUGCAAAAGUUGACCCAAGAAGAAUUGAGAAAAGUUUAUGCAGACACGAGGUCAAAAUCGUUUGCUGACGGGGAAUUGGGUAGUGAUAGUUGUAAGGAGGUGAGAGAAACCUCUGGAAAACGGUUGAUAAAAUCAGCUAAGGGAAGGUUUGUGUUGGAAAAAGACGGUGGGAUUAGUAAAGGAAACUCACAGGAGACGGGUAGUGAAAACAAUCACGAAACACCACCUCAAGGAGUGGGAGGUGAAGCUGAGACAAACAACAAUGACACAGAAAUGGAUUCUGCCAUUCUUGAGGAUGACACCCCAAGUCCCCCACCCCAAGCCAACGCGGCACCGACGAAUUCUCAUCAGAACCAUCAUCACCACCAUCAUCAUAAGAGGAAUAGUGGUGAUAGUGGUAGUAGUAACAACAAUAACAAUUAUAAAAGUAACGGUUCCCCACCGAAAUCCGGGCAGAGUAGUGAGAGUGCCGAUUGCUACAUAACAGACUGUGAUAUUUGUACAGCAGAGGGAAGAAAGUGUUGUAGUUUGGACGAUUCAAGUGAGGUGUGCAGUUUCACAAGUCCCGACAUUGUCAUGACCACAAACGAACUGAAAACCACGUCAGACUUCACCUCGACAUCUGUCACAUUGUGUCAAACUGUGUCAGACAGGUCGAGUUCUACUCAGGAUUCUACACUAAGCAUAACAUCGAUCACACCUGAGAGUUAUUCGACUAGUGAGAAUGGAAAGAAGAAAAAGAAUGGAGAAGCUUCCCCUACAAAUAUGGGGUUAGUGAUCACUUCAGAGACUGCAAUAAUCGAUCCUGUGGAUACUAGGCAGACUGCUAAGAACUCCCCGUUCCAUCUGUCGGACUCCAGCCAAAGUGACAACCAGAGCAGUGCAUCUAAUGCUGGGAUACCUCUGGUGCUCACAUCUGAGUGUGUAUUGAUUGAUCCUGUCGAGCAAGAUGUUACCAAAAAGAUGCAUUGUGUCUUGGAGAUGAUGGAGACUGACGAGAGUACACUAACUGAUACGACCCAGGUUGAAAAUGAGGGGAAAUUCGAGGUACCAGAUGCCGGGGAAAUUUUUGAGGACAGAAGUGUAGACCACAGACAAUCCACAGGUAGCAUUGUGAAUACUCCAGUGAGGCGUGACAUGUAUAGCAGGAGUAUGUCUUGUGGGGAGCUGCCUGCUAACUAUGAGGCACAGUCUGGGGAUGAAAAUGAUGAGGGAGAUCUCCUGAAGGAGUUGGGCUUCAAAGAGGAUCCCAAAAGCGGGAGGACCAGUGUGUCGUUUUUGGAGCUGUGUGGGAGCAGCAGAAGGGACCCCACCUAUGAGGAGACAUGUAGGAGGAAAGUGAACAACAUGUUUUAUGGGAACAGAACAUAUGAGGUUAUGACUAGUACCAGUGAUAUUAAUUUGGGUAAGAAGAAUCUGAUGGGUAAUGUGAUGAGUACAACUGGUGACAACUUGAAAAUGUUGCCCAGGUUGCCUUUAAGUGAUAGACAGAGUGUGGAGGUGGGGGUCGGCUUGUCAAGGGAGAACAGUGAUGAGAAAAACGAUGCAACCCAACAACAUGAGGUGGUCUGUGAUGGUACCUGUAAGGAUAAACAAGAGGAUGAAACAAUUUGCGGGAAUGUGAUAAUGCUACGUCUUCCAUUGCAUCAGACCGAGGAUGGCAAGGUUUUGUCGAGUCUGGAGGGACCUGAGAUUGAGAACUUUGGAUCAGAUUUGAUCAUACCGCGCUACUCUGCCAAACCUAGGACGUCGUCUAUGGUUGUCAACACGUCAUCAGCUGAUUAUUCGAGUGACAGUGAGUUGAGUAUGGCUGAUAGCCUGGAGGAGGCGCCUCAAUCUCAAGAAGAAACUUGUCUGUCUUCCAGUGGUGACCAACAAGGUGAUGGAACCAACCGGAGUGCAAAAAACAGACACGAUGAGAGGUUGGUUAGAGGUCAUGUGAUAUCCUUACUACCAGAAAACAACACAAAACUAGUAAGACAACGCACAACUGAAGCCUAUGCAUACUUUGUGACAUUGUCAGGAGAGAUGAGUGAAAUCCGGACGGAAUCCAUCCCAGAAAAUUUGAAGAAAAAAUUGAUGGAGAGAGAUAGUGAGAUUAAAAAACAUUCUGAACACCACACAACAAAGCGAGAGAAACGAUAUGAAUCAAUAUUUAAAAGACCGAUAGUUAGGAGGACACCUAAACUUUCAAAACUAUCCAAAAGUGAGUACCAUGAAAGUUUCUACAAACCUGAUCUCUAUACUAAUAGGAGAGCAUACAGUUUAACAUCAGAGGACAGUGAGGAUAUAUCAGUUGAGUGUAAAUCCACACAAUGGGAAGAAAACCCUGUCAGUCAGGUGAAAAACUUACAACCCAAUGAGGAUGAAAUCCUGGAGAAAACUAAGGAGAGCAAGUGGUUGAAAUGUAAACAACUGAUCAAAUCAACACCUGAGUUAGAUAAGAUUGUUUCAGAAGUGAUACUGUCAACUUUGUUACAAGAUAUGAAAAAUGACGAGCAGGAUGAAGAGAUUAAAGAUAUUCUACUGGAAGCUUUGAGAGAAAAUGAAGAACUGGCAAAGUUGGAGUUCAAUGAGGAACAAGUGGUUCCUUCAAAGGAAGAGGGAGAGGGUGUAAGUGAUGAAGAAGAGCUAGUAAUAGAGGCCGGUAAAUUCAAGUGUAUAAGUGUACAAACCAACGAAUCGGCCCUACAUAGUAUACUGACUUGUUCGUACGAAGCAUGUGAUAUUUGUAACGAGAUACAUUUGAAAAACAUGAAAGAUAAACGAGAUGUGGCUGUGGGAGUGGAAAGGAAGGGUAGUAAAGAACAGAAAACUAAUAAACAGAGGAAGAUAAAGGAGAGCAACGUGCAGAAGAGUGAUGUGAGGAUAAAGAUGCCGAAUAUUUCCUCACAUCAUCAGAGAUGUUUCAUAUCGGGGGAGACGAAUCUGUUGGAACAGAUGGGGGCUAAAAAUCAAAAGGAAGAACCCAAGAAGAUGGAACAACAAAAAGAUGUUAGGACACCUGCAACCUCUCCUAGUGGUAGACCUGGAUUGAAUAUCAAUUAUAGGCCAUCUUCAAGAAACUCCUUACCACCUAGUAAGCCUCAGGUUAGAUUAAAACUGCCGAUAUCUAGGAGGGGAGGUAAUUUGAGCAGUAGGUUCCACCAGCGUUUCGAAGCUAUCCCAGAGGAGAGGAGUGGUUCUCUGGAGUCGGGAGAAGAAAUGAAAUCUCCCAAAGAUUCCCAACCCAGAAGAGCUUCAGCUCCAGCUGUUUCAGACAUCCUGCUGUUGAAUGCUGGAGAGGGAAGUGAUAGAAAAACCCUGCUGGCCCCAGAGUUGGACAGUUUGGGCAGUUCUAGUAGCAGCGGAAACGGGCGUGAAACGAUACUGAUAGAACGCGGGAAACGGGGCAGUAUUUCAAAUUGAGCGGGUUUGGGUGAGGUGGACGUCAAUGGGAGGCGGCACACUAUACAUGCCGGGGGCGGUGAUCGGUCCGGGAAAACCACCCCCACCGAAAAAUCUCGUCGACACACCGUUCACGGCACGAUAGGGUUGAGUUCUACGGGGAAGAUUAACCUCAACGUAGGAUCUAUAAUGAAGGGGAGACUGAUUGGGAAACGGGGCAACGUGAUGAUUGGCAGAUUUCAUCCGGUGAGUCCGUCUUCCGAGGAGACUCAGGUGGAAAAGGAUGAAAAAUUGUUGUUCGGAAAGAUUGAGAGGGUGGCAAGAGAGAGACACAAGGGGAGGGAUGCUCUGGCCACCACCCCUCGAGGAGGAAGUGAACACAGUGAGGAGGAGUUGUUAACCCUAUCGAAAGGGUGGAUCAACUUCUAUCUGCUGAGAGAGAGCAUGGAUAUUGGGGGAGAGGAGUUUGUCAGUGAUGGAGAGAUGUCUGGUUCGGGUUCGGAAGACCCCCUAGGUGACUCGGACCAAUGCACAGUGCGGAAAAACGUGACUAUGGUGGGGGCAGAGGGGGACCCUGACGAACCCCCCCACAUCCGACACUACUCGAUGCAAAUCCAGGCCACCGAGGAGCAGGAGCCGCAGGGAGCGUCUCAGUUCCUCUCGGUCUCAGUGCCUCCUCACGCGGUGUCACAGACCACAUCUAUCUCACCCCUACAUCUGCCCCCAUCCGCGCGGUCGGACCGACUCCCCAACAUCGCCAGUCCAACCGUUUCAACAACAUCUGACCCCUACACGCAGGGGUCUGCCAACUCGCAAACAGGCGGCAGUCUACCGUUGCUUCAAUGCGGCGACGCUAAACGACCAAUUCUGAAGCGCACAUCCAAGGUGAGAACAUCAACUUCGACCACUAGACAGUUUGUGACCAAUGGGGGUGUGAGUGGAGGAGGUGCUGGCAACAAAGAGGGCAAGUUCUUCCCUUCGUCGCCCACCCAGACAGAGUCACGUGUCGAGUAUCUACAGUUUCCUCUCAGUACGAUGGACAAUCGUUCACCAAGCGGCGACUCGCUGAUAACAGCCAGCUGUGACACAGAAAGUGACUCGAUGUCGGAAAGCCCAGUGUUGCCAUCCAUCAGGUGGCCUGUGAGGCAGGUGCACCAGCGCAACAGGUACCACACCCAGGUGCACAGGUACCAACGUACCGAGACGAAAAGCGCCUGUCAGCUACAGCCUGCCAACGCCAUUGGCUCUCAAAAUGGUUCGACGUGUUGGACAGUAACGGUAACGGGCAACGGUGGAGACCCGCAACAGCCCCCACCAGACGUCGAGAUGCGUCUGUCGUUCGGCGCGACGCCACACAAGAGCACGCAUGCGCAUGUAACCGAACGAACACGCUCGGCCGCAUCGUCAUCACUGCUACUGCAGACCGAAAGCAAGCACAAACGCCUGAGACGCGCCUUGCAGGUCAGGUCGCCCCAACCCCAACCCCAGCCCUGUUGGUCUCUCAGUGUCAACAGCAACCAAGACGUCGAGAUGCGUCUGUCGUUCGGCGCGACGCCACACCAGAGCACGCAUGCGCAUGUAACCGAACGAACACGCUCGGCUGCAUCGUCUUCACUGCUGCUGCAGACCGAAAGCAAGCACAAACGCCUGAGACGCGCCUUGCAGGACAGGUCGCCCCAACCCCAACCUCAACCCUGUUGGUCUCUCAGUGUCAACAGCAACCAAGAGGAACAACAAGAGCUGAAAAGCGAGUUCCCAGGUGUGGGGAGUGGAAGACACCUAGCGGCACCAACUAGCUACUCCAGCUCAAAGAAAGACGGUGAGACGAGUGGUGCGGGAAGGGGGGGCGGUAGGGGCUCCAGGGGUCACAAGGGGGCCGGGGGGGACAAGGAGUCGCACUUCGCAUUUGUCUGGCCAAAGGUUGAGCAGAUCCUAGCCAAUGGCCCAACGCAGAAGGCCAUGAUAAACGGGACUUCUGUGAAGUGGAACAGCUGUUCCAGUGUACAGGAGCUGUCGGUAACAGGUCUGGCUAUAACUCCUGAGAAAAAACCACGUGUGCCCACCAUGAGUGAGAGAGAUCUCACCAGAAUGAGAAACAAAUAUCUCUGACAACAAAUAAUGUACGUUUGAACCCUCCAGAUAUUAGAGAAAACUGUGAUUCUGAGUGUGAAAUUAACUCAGAACAGUGUGACAAAUAAUGUAUGUUUGAAACCCCAGCAAAAACGUUUAAUUCUGAGUGUAAAAUUUCACUAAAAACAGUGUGAUACAGCUAUUUUGUGUGGCUCUAUAUCUGAUAUGAACGACAAACUCAUGUUGUUUGAAACCCCAGAUAUUAGCAAAAACGUGUAACUCUUAGAGUAAAAUUUCACUCACAAAAAUUUGAUACAGUUAUUUUGUGUGGCUCUAUAUCUGACAUCAACGACAAACUCAUGUUCUAACUCGAAAUCACCAAAACCUGACGAAGAAUGGAGGAUUCUACCCAAAAAAGUGUAGGCCUAACGUAAUAGAUGUGUCAUUUAAUUUUGAGAAACACAGAAAAACUUAUUUAAAAACUUGAAGAGAGGUGCCUAGUUCUCUGUAUUACUACUGUUAUUGCAGAUAAUAUUUUGUGGAAGAUAUCCAUAUUGAAUGGAAAACUUAAAGGAAUUUUCAUAACCACUUUUUUAUUCAAAUACAAUAAACUAGUUACAUUACCAUAAUAUGUGUAAAACACUAGUACAGUGAGUACAGGUUGCAGAAAACCAGAUUAAAUUUUAAUUUGUGAUUAAUUUCACGAGAACCAAUCAGAGAAGCCUUCUUUUUAUGACAGCUUUCUCUGAUUGGUUUUCGUGAAAUUAAUUACGAUUAAAAUUUAAUCAGCUUUUGUGUAACCGGACCUAGUAUUGAUUCUCCUGAAAUUUAUCACGAUUAUAAUUUAACCGGCUUUUGUGAAUCCGGGCCUGAGGGUGUGGAAUUAAUCGAAACUGUUCAUUUUAAUAAGUGGUCAUGAAAAUUUCAAGUAUUUUUAUUUGAAAUUUCCUAUUUUAGAUUGAUUGAUUGACCAAAGAAAAUAUUGAUACAUAUAAUAAAAGAACUGAAAAAGUUUGUUUAAUAAUUAUCAAAUAAUUGUUUUAAAUAUUAAUAUGAAUUUGAUAAAAACAAUGUUUAUUAUAGAAGAUAUUAAACUAUAAUUGAUUUUAACAGGAUUAGAUCUAUUGGAAAACCGGAAUUUAUAAAUACGGUCCUCAAAUUAAGGGAUUUGAUAUUUUUAAAUUGUCUAUAAUUUUUUUUAAGUUCGAUAAAUAUAUUGGAAAUUUGUAAGUGAAAGAUAGAAGUCAGCUAUUCUGGGAAUCUUGUCAUUAAAAAACCACAUUUCGUAUAAAUUGCAGCAUUUUCAUGUGUUUUAUAAAGCUUGUUAUGCAGUAAUUUGGUUCCUAAAGCUGCGUUUACACCAAAGUUAUUAACAAAAUGUUAAUAACUUAAUCCUUAUAGAUUCUAGUAGAUUGAACAUAACUUAUCAUAUACAUGAUGAACAUAUGUGUUUGUCAAGUUCCGUUCAAUCUAAUAGAAUCUAUAAGGAUUAAGUUAUUAACAUUAAUAACUAUGGUGUAAACGCAAACAGUUAUUUACUUUAUAAUGUUGUUCUAAAUAUUUAAACAGAAUUCUCCCAAACAGAUAUCUUUUUCAGAAUUAUGAAGACCUAAUUAAAAUGUUUUAGUGAUAUAUUUAUCACACUGUUAAUAGGCCUACCUAUAAUAUCGUUUAUUUGAAAUACUUUGAACAUCAUAUUCCUAAAUAUAUUUUGUUCAAAAUUGUCAGCCUAGAUCUACCUAAUAUUGGAAUAGGUCCCUCUAAAAACGUUGCAACUGAAAAAUUCCACAAUGUGAAACCUCAGUGUUAAGACGUUGGUGGAAUGGUCCAAGGUCUAUAAAUACAGGUCAUGACACUCUUGUUUCUUAUGGAGCGGCCAUUAUGUGGGGUCUUUAUGGCGGUACACUUGAAAUUCUAAAUCUGCUCAUAACAAAAUCAUGCAUUGUGCUUUUUAAAAACAAUAUUCUGGUUCAGAUAAUAUGUAAAUUAAGGUUUUCGAUUUUAUAAUAAUGAAAUUUCAAUAAUAAUUCAUUUUUUAUUAUUAAAAAUUGCUCUUAUUCUUGUAACUUAUGAUUCUGAUUCAUAAGGCAUUGGGACAAAUAUAGGCUAACCUCGAAAACGGUUUGAAGUUCCCAAUCAAUUCAAUCUAAAAAUGAGCAAUUCAGUUCCUAGUUGGAAUCUAAAUAUUAUUAUAUUCUGUCGGAACAAUUUAUUUUACAAUUCAAAGCCAAGCAAUAUCCCUUGAACAAUAUAACAAAAUAACACAAUCAUCAUGUUGUUCAAUCUAUAAUGAUAACAGCUGAUAAAUUUGAAAAUUGGUGAACUAGGACCCCAUAAAAUGGCGAUUUUGCAAUGCAUCACGGGACUGUGUCAUGACCUGUAUUUAUGGACCUUGGAAUGGUCCCCUGCCUAGUGGUGGCAUCUGUGGUUUAUGGUAAUCACUAUUUCAUUCAUAUAUAGUUCGAACUAUAAAACACAGACGUCACUGCUAGGUGGAGAAUCGAAUCAUUCUACCAGCGUUUUUACACAGGAGCGUCACGUUGUGAAAUUUUGUCAGUUGCAUCGUUUUUAGAGGGACCCAUUUUAUAGGUUGAGAAUAAUUCUACUUUUUUACGAAAGUAAUAUAGAAUUAAUUUGACACACAGAAUUUACACAUGAAUAAUAUUUUUAAAGUUUACUGUUUAGUUGAACAUUUUCAUUAUAAUGAACGCCAGGAUUGAUAAUUUGAAAUAUUUUUAAGCAAAAAUAUAUCUUGUUCAAAUUACAGUAAACUAUAUAAACCAUGGUUUAUACUGUAGUUCAAACAAAUCCUAAAAUUGUUUUGGUAGAAUAUUUCUAAUACAAUUAAUAUCGAAAGCCUAUUUAUUAUUGUUUACCAUUACUAUUUUGUUUGAAAUUUAACAUAACUAUUACGGUACUGUUUUAGUUGAAUAAUUUUAUAAUUGUUAACACCUAUUGUUAUUUAUUUAUUAUCCGUUUCAUUUCAAAUGUAGUCUAUAACAACUUAAUACCCACCAAAGUUAGUGUUUAUGUUUUACAUUAUUUUAUAUUGUUAAUUCGUUAAUAACAAUAACUUGUUGAAAAAUUGCUAAUAAUAAUUUAGGUAGGAGAGCAUUAAACCUAGUCAACCUAGUCAGUGUAUUGGAAUUAUUAUAUAUAAUAGUAUAGAUGAAUUUAUAAGAAUUUGUAUACCGUUCCCUUCCAAACAAUAAAAUGUACAAAAAAGUGAAAAAUAAUUUAUUUGUACACUAAAGCCAAAUUGUGUAAUUUGAUAAUAAUUAUACUAUUCUAUAUAUUAAUUCAUUCAGAAUUGAUUAUUAAUAUCCAGGCUUGUAGGCUACAAUAAUUAUGUAGGUUUAAAGCUGCGUUUACACCAAAGUUAAUAACACAGUGUUAAUAACUUAAUCCUUUUAGAAUCUAUUAGAUUGAACAUAACUUAUCAUACACACAUGAUGAACAUAAUAUGUGUUUGUCAAGUUCCGUUCAAUCUAAUAGAAUCUAUAAGAAUUAAGUUAUUAACAUUUUGUUAAUAACUUUGGUGUAAACCCAGCUUAAAAGCCUAGGUAUAAUUACCCAAUGUAGGUACCUGGAAUAUAUGCAUUCUAGGUACCUUUGUAAUUACCUGUAACGUAGAUAGUGGACUAAAAUAAUAUUAUUGUAAUACGGUAUUGAUAAUAUUGAUUGCAAUACAUUAGCACUUUGUACAUUGAUGAAUAAAUUUAUAA